GAGAAAAUAUUUUAUUUUCCCCAAAAACCUAAAGGACAAAAAGGGAAAAUCAUAAAGCUGCACAACAGCUAUUUUAAUUUUCAAGUCACGAAAAAACAUUCCACGAGAAAAACACCCCAACGGCUACUUUGCCUCUUCGUAUAUUCCUCUUCGCCUCUUUCCUACCCCGAUCAACGAGAGAGACGGCCGUUGCAACUCUAACCAGUCAACAGGCUUCAAGGAGACGCAAACACGUUCAGCAACUACCAAAAAGGAAGAGUUCGAAGCAGCAAAAAGUGAUAUUCGAUGAGGUUACAAAAGGAACAAGAUGAAGAAGAAGAGGUCCAGGUACUCAUCAGCCAAUCAAGGGCCAAAACCAUCGAGUAUUUGGAGCCAGUAAUGUCGAAAGAGCUUCUCCAAAAAUUUCCCGAAAGUUCUGCUUUCGGAUUCGAUUACUCACAGAGCUCGAUAUGGUCUCCUCUGGUCCCUUUCCCUCACGACGCCUACGCCGUGGACAUGGAUUCUGUCACGCCGAGAAAACUCUACUGCGAAUUUGAUCAAACACUUGGCGUGCACUUUGAAGAUGGUACCGUCAAGAGAAGUCGCGAAAAGAAGCGGACUCCUAAUUUGAAGAAGAAAUUGGACGACGUUGGGAUUAAUUUGAAAAUUCUUAAAGGGAUAAAGAAGAAGAAGACGCCGAUGAUGGCGAGAAAAGGUUAUGGCUUCUCCCCGGUUCCGGCAAAGGCUGUAUCUUGUGCGCCUGUUAUCGCCAAGAAAUGGAACAAGUUGUUGAAAGCUGCAUCGAAAAGUUUCAAGAAGACGAGGAAAGAUCCGACGGUUCAUGUGAAGCUUUCCAGUUAUUUGAAAGGUGUCUGAGAAAUUUGCCUUACGAAUUUCUUUAUGUUUUUUCUUCAGCAAUUAUGAGAGACUAAAAAGAAAUUGUUUCAUUUUACACGAGUAAUAAUAAUUCAUUUUUUUAA